AUGACAAAAGACCCAAAACGGCCUAAGAAGGUUCUAACCCAGGAGUUCGAGAAGAUCCAGGAGAUAUCGAAAAACACGGAAUCGCGCCGCCCGCUUCCGGGUGUGGAAACGGGCAUGGAGGAGUAUGGUUCUGAGAAUGUCCCCAAGAAGCAGGACGAAGAGCCGUUAUACAAGAGUUACGCGGCCGUGCUUCACAACAAAGAGAAGCACCGGUUUCACUGGCAGACAGGGGAGAUGAGAUCCCUAUUUGGCGACGUCGGUUUCGACCGCAGAAAUACCAUCAUGGACAAUCUAGUCGAGAGUUCUCUCACGGAAACGUCUUUCAAGGGGGCUGGCUGGGGUAAGCUGCAGCGCGAAAAGGAGAUUGAGGCUGUCCCCGCAGGGGCUGACCCUGAGAGGGUCUUCUUCAACUUCUCGGGGUUCUACGUUCUGUUUUGGAUGAUCGUGGCCUUCAUAGUGCUGCGAGUCGGCGUCGAUUACUAUAUUUCACACAAUGGGGAUUUGUCACAGUCCGAGAUAUUGAGAUUUAUGACCACUGACUUGAUCUCUGUCGCUAUGAUCGACCUUGUCAUGUACCUGUGCACAUACUUCGUCGUUUUCGUGCAACUAGCCUGCAAACAUAAGUGGAUCACCUGGAAUAACUUAGGCUGGUACUUAACCUCAGCAUUUGAAGUCACAUUUGUGCUCGUGUUCCUUUAUGUGGCUGAAAAUGUGAUGAAAUUCCACUGGGUUGCCAAGAUAUUUCUCUUCCUCCACUCAUUGGUACUUCUGAUGAAGAUGCACUCUUUUGCGUUCUACAACGGCUACCUGUGGAACAUCACUGCGGAGCUCGAUUUUUCAAAGAAAACCCUGGCUAAAUACAAAGACUAUACUCUUGAAAAAGGCUUCAAGGAGGCGCUCGAGAAAAGUGUCGAGUUUUGCGAGUUCGAGCUUAGCUUGCAAUCGCCCAAUUUAAAAUUCCCUGACAACCUCACGUUGAAGGGAUAUUUCACAUACUCAAUGUUCCCCACAGUUGUAUACCAAAUCGAGUAUCCAAGAACGGAAAAGAUCAGAUGGAUGUACGUGUUUGAGAAGCUCUGCGCCAUUUUUGGAGUUAUAUUCGUGAUGAUGAUUGUUGCUCAGUUUUUUAUGUACCCCAUCGCUAUGCGCGCUAUGGCUGUUAGGGACGCUGGAAUGCCCAUUUUUUGGGAGCGUAUCCGUGAGUGGCUAUACCUGCUCCUAAAACUUGUACCCAGCUUUAUUAUGAUGUAUUUGUUGGUGUGGUACUUGAUUUGGGACGCUAUAUUGAACUGCAUUGCUGAGCUGACUCGUUUCGGAGACCGGUACUUUUACGGCGACUGGUGGAACUGUGUUUCGUGGGAUGAGUUUAGCCGUCAAUGGAAUGUACCAGUCCAUCAGUUCCUUCUAAGACAUGUCUACCACAGUUCCAUCAGUUUUCUGCAACUCAACAAAACGCAAGCAACAUUAAUGACGUUUUUCUUGAGUUCAGUUGUGCACGAGCUUGCUAUGUACGUCCUUUUCCAGAAGCUGAGAUUCUACCUGUUUUUCCUACAGAUGGCUCAGAUUCCACUAGUCCAGCUCGGGAACUCUAGAUUCCUCAAGGAUAAGAAAAUUCUCGGGAACGCUAUAUUUUGGAUUGGUAUAUGCACAGGUCCUAGUCUGAUGUGCACGUUGUAUUUAACAUUUUAA